CGGAUGUGAUGAAGUAUUUGCUCUCACGUCCCCUAAUAAACAAAGACCAAACCAACCCUUUUUAUUUGAAAGCUUGUAAAGGGGCACACCCCUUUCUCUCUCCUCCUUCCCCCUUUAAUUUCCUUUUCCUUCUUAAUUGUCUUAAUUUCCCUUGUAUUCUGGUAAUCUAGCUAACCCUUUUUAUUUCCAUUAGCCACGAUAUCAUCACCAUCGCCACCUUCUAGGUGGGAUCCAGGGUCAACAAUAUCACACUCAGCACAGUUACCAACUCCAAAUCUCAAGAAAUGGAUAGUAAGUUCAGAAAAAACAACCGCAACUCAUAUACCAGUGAACAAGAUCAAGACACUGAUCAUGAUGUAGCUCAAGAAAACAUUGCCGAGUCCCCUCCUUCUUCCACUGUGUUCAACAUCGAUGGCUUAGUCCCAUCCCCCACUCCUUCAUCAAAGAGAAGCAGGAGGGCAAUACAGAAAAGGGUGGUGCAAAUCCCAAUGAAGGAGACAGAAGGAUGUAGGCUAAAAGGAGAGAGCAACACCCCACCCUCGGAUUCAUGGGCUUGGAGAAAGUAUGGACAGAAACCCAUCAAGGGUUCCCCUUAUCCCAGAGGGUACUACAGGUGUAGCAGUUCCAAGGGCUGUCCGGCACGGAAACAAGUGGAAAGGAGCUGCGUGGACCCCACAAUGCUAGUCGUCACUUACUCCUCCGACCACAACCAUCCAUGGCCACCUUCUAGAAACCACGCCAGGCCCACCAAGAAGCCUGAACCGGUUCCGGACCCGGUCCAACCCGAACCGGAGGAGAAGUUCGCGGACCUGGGCGGGGACGACUCCAUGAUAACCACCGCGGAGGAAUUGGGCUGGCUGGGGGAGAUGGAAACGACGUCAUCCACGGUGCUCGAAAGCCCCAUUAUGGCCACGGGCUACCACGCUGACGUGGCGCUGAUUCCGAUGAGGGAGGAGGACGAGUCGCUCUUCGCCGACCUCGGGGAGCUGCCGGAGUGCUCGGUGGUAUUCAGGCAGGGGCUGCUGACGGAGCGGCGGCGGUACACCGCGCCGUGGUGCGGGACCACAAGUUGAGGGCAAAAAAGUCAACAAAAAAAAAAGAAAGAAGAAAAACUAGAGGUGUCUGUUUGACACGUUCUUCGUGCGGCACAAGAGAAAAAGAUAGCAGCAUUAUUUUUUAAAAUUAAAAAUAUUAAUUUAUGUUAUUUUAGUUUGUUGAGAGUAGAAAAUGGAAAAGAGAAAAUAGGAAAAGUAGGGUUGGGGAUGAAGAAGAAUAAAUGGAAGUUUGGGGGGAGGAGUGAGAGAAUAUGUGUAUGUUGGGAAGUGGUUGUAAUUAGCGUAACUUUGAACAGCUUGCACAACAAGAUAUUUUACUGGA